UUCAAAGGCCAAUGAACGCGGCUAAAUACGGCUGUGUCACCUAUCAACGUCAGCUCUUCGUUUCUGCCUACGUAGAUCGCGCCACGGCGUGACUGGUGUAUCUCCAAAGGUGUGGUCGAGAACGGUCAAGAUGGGGAGUCACGAACAUUUCUCAGUCAACACACCGCUUGUGAUUGUAAGAGAUACAUGACUUUGAUAGUUGAUAAAUAUAAAGCACGGCUCCCUACAUGCGCCAUACACACAUGGAUAACAUUCUAGUUGUGACAUCAUCCGUUACCUCCGAACUCUAUCGUAUGUAGGGCCUUAUCGAUUACAUUUUGAACUAGGGGGUACCCGGUAGCUACAUCGCAGGCACUAACAGCUUAAAAUGCGGAUCUUAUGGCACGUGAGGUCGCACCAUGCAAUUCGCGCAAGUUCGCCUCUAUGUUACCCAGGUAAGUUAGAACCUUUCAAGGUUUAGUCUCGCUAAAUUUCUAUCAUGGGAAUUACAAAUCCAAUAUAUCGAGGUUGGCAUAGCUGUCCAUCGAGGACUUCUACACCAUCUAGCCGAAGACAUUGUCACGAUGAAGGUUAGGACAUGCAGCGCAGCGCAGCUGCGACGCGUAUCGACAUCUUUACAAACAGCUUUCCAUGCGCCAUCACCUCUUUCGCAAGUCCGAAUUCGGCCUUCAACAUCGUCUCUGAAAACUCCUACCUUACAACAUGGAGUACGGUUAUUCCAGUCCCAACCUGCCAGACGUAGCGGCGCGAGUCCAGGGGAGGCAUCGAACCCUGCUAUGGCAUUUCCAUGUCUCGACGCAUUGGAAACCCGGUCGGCGAAACUCGAAGCAAAGUCGUUGUCGACAGGACCCGAACCUACAUAUACCGCCGGCGUUACAGAGGUCUUUCGCUGUAAAGAUCCUCUCUUGUUAGAUUGGGGUGGCGUGUUACCGGAAUUUGAUAUCGCGUACGAAACAUGGGGCAAGAUGAAUUCGGACAAGUCCAACGUGAUAUUGCUAUAUACGGGCCUUUCUGCGUCGUCGCAUGCCCAUUCAACGGAGAGUAACCCACAGCCUGGAUGGUGGGAGAAGUUUAUCGGUCCAGGCGCUUGUCUUGACACUAAUAAAUAUUUUGUGAUAUGUACAAAUGUCAUCGGCGGAUGCUUUGGAUCGACUGGACCAUGCAGCAUUGAUCCGGCAGAUGGCCAGAGAUAUGCUACCCGAUUUCCGAUUCUUACGAUGGAGGAUAUGGUACGAGCACAGUUCCGACUUUUGGACCAUAUAGGUAUCGAGAAGAUCUACGCAAGCGUUGGAUCUAGUAUGGGAGGAAUGCAAUCUCUGGCAGCUGGCGUGCUAUUUCCCUCAAGAGUUGGUCGCAUAGUCUCUAUUAGUGGCUGUGCUCGCAGUCACCCUUAUAGCAUCGCGAUGCGGCACACGCAACGGCAAGUGCUUAUGAUGGAUCCCAAUUGGAACCGUGGUUUCUAUUAUGGCAAAGUUCCACCACACGCCGGAAUGAAACUUGCAAGAGAGAUCGCUACUGUAACAUAUCGAUCCGGACCCGAGUGGGAGCAACGAUUUGGCCGUCGGAGGGCAGAUCCCACGAAACCACCUGCAUUAUGUCCUGACUUUCUGAUUGAAACAUAUCUAGACCACGCUGGCGAAAAGUUCUGUUUGACAUAUGACCCAAACAGUCUCUUAUAUGUUAGCAAAGCUAUGGAUCUUUUUGAUUUAGGUCUUGAAACUCAAGAAGCCGCUACACAGCGGCGGGCUGAGCGGGAAAAACUUAUCCAAUCUGGAUCCUCUCCGAAAUCAAAUGAUCCAUCCUGCAGUCUCACAUUACCAGAGUCGCCAUAUUCCGAACAACCUGAAGACGGUGCCGACGAGUCAAGCCCCUCUGGACAUGGAGAUCUUGGUCCUCCUAAAGACCUAAUUGCGGGAUUAUCAUCUCUGAGGGAUAUCCCCACUCUCGUCAUGGGUGUUGCAAGUGAUAUCCUGUUUCCUGCUUGGCAGCAGCGAGAGGUUGCCAACGCCAUACGCCUUACAGGGAACAAAAACGUGACGCACGUUGAGCUGAGCGAAGAGCAGAGCAUGUUUGGCCACGACACAUUCUUAUUAGAUUUAAAAAAUGUUGGGGGCAACGUUAAAAAUUUCCUGGGAUAGGUAUUUAAAGCUCUCACUGGCAAACCUAUUUGCAUUUGACAUAAACCAGUGUCGGAAUCAGAUUUAGCCACAGCAUAUAAAGGCGCAAGGGUUCUCAAAACAAAAACAGCAUCAGCCAGGGGCAAUAAAAAGUAUUAUUAUGUCGUAUGAUCUUGUGAGAUGUGUCGUUCGCAUAAGGCUAUCUCAUCUACAUCAGUGCUAGGUAGGUAGGUAAGAGGUAUUUGUAUCCAAGCUGGCAUUCUACUCUAUUCUCUCUAUUUAAGUAUCUGCCCAUAUACUAAUGGAG